AAUUGCAUCAUUAACGCGAGACAGUGCAAGCACAACAUUCAUGGCUUGAGAGAUCUAUUUGUUUUCGUUUCGGCUGCGAUAUUUAUACAUAAAAUUCUCCAGAAUCUCCUUAGGUGUCCUGUUAAAAUGAACCAAUCGCUGUGUUUCCUAAUUCUUUCGGCAGUCUUCAGCUCAGCGCUGGCCAUUCGUUGCUAUCAGUGUUCGUCGGGAACGGACCCGAAGGGUGUGGACAACUGUGGCGCAUACAAGGCCUUCAACCGGACCCAGAACAUUGCCAUCGACUGCAACAGCGAUGAAAGCCACAUGCCGGGAUCGUUCUGUAUGAAGGUGGUGCAGCAGAGUCCACGAGGAUUUAUUUGGGACGGUCGAUGGCGGCAGGUGAUCCGCCGGUGUGCUUCCGUAUCCGAGACCGGUGUAACCGGUGUCUGCAACUGGGGCGUGUACGAGAACGGGGUAUACUGGGAGGAGUGCUACUGUGCCGAAGACGGUUGCAACGCUGCCGGCCGGAAGUCCAUUUCCAUCACAAUUUUAGCCUGUCUGCUGGGUAUGAGUGCUCUUGUGGGGAGACUUUUGUAUGCACAAUGAUCGAAAAACUGCCAACGGGUUAUUUUUUGAGUUUAUCGAAACAUUCCAUUUAAGCUAACUGUAGUGAGUAGGUUUUUAACGUUAAAUCGAACUUCGAUGUGCCUUCGUCGAUCUGCCGGAAUCCAUCCGUCCAAAAUAAGUAGUUACGUACAUAGACGUUUUGUCAAGUAUUGUUUUUAAAUCAAAUGACCAAUAAAAAGUUUUUAACUAGAUUUUGAUUAA